UCCCGCAGCCCCCACUUCUCUGUCCCCAUUCUGGAUCUGCAUUGGCCUGGGAUGGGAGGCUUUCCUUAGUACCCAGUAGGGAUGGGGUGCUGGGCCAAGCUCACAGGCUGGGUUGUGGGGGGUGGAUCCUCCUUGUGCAGGGGAGGCAGAAUAGGCAGGUCUCUGUGUUCUAGUGUGAGACGUGCUUCUCCUCUGGGUGUCUGCAUUUUACACUUGUGUGUGUGCAUAAGAAACCCUGGUGGUGUAGGGGUUAAGUGCUAUGGCUGCUAACCAAAUGGUUAGCAGUUUGAAUCCACCAGACGCUUCUUGGAAACUCUAUGGGGCAGUUCUACCCUGUCCUAUAGGGUCACUGUGAGUCUGAAUUGACUCGACAGCAAUGGGUUAAUGGGCACGUGCAUAUGGGUGUUACUUGGUUGGCACAGCUUCAUUCCUGUGGGUUCCUACUUGUGCAUGCGGGGCAUCAGAUGGGCAGAUGAGGUCACUGCUUGUGCAUCAGGCUGUGUGUGUGUGUCAGGGGAACAGUGUGAGGAGAGGGCUGAAAGGCUGAAUUUGGCAGGCAGGAGUUCAGGGCUGGAAGGUAAAAGUAAUCCCUGGCCCAGUAGUGUCCUUCUCUUCCUUUCCUCCUCAUUCCAUAUUCCUCUUCCAGGUCUUUUCCGGGCUGCAGUGCCCAGUGGAGCCUCCACUGGCAUCUACGAGGCCCUAGAGCUGAGGGAUGGUGACAAACAGCGUUACUUAGGCAAAGGUGUCCUGAAGGCAGUGGACCAUAUCAACACCACCAUUGCCCCAGCCCUCAUCAGCUCAGGCCUCUCUGUGGUGGAACAGGAGAAACUGGACAACCUGAUGCUGGAGCUGGAUGGGACUGAGAACAAAUCCAAGUUUGGGGCCAAUGCCAUCCUGGGUGUGUCUCUGGCUGUGUGUAAGGCGGGGGCAGCCGAGCGCGAAUUGCCCCUAUAUCGCCACAUUGCUCAGCUGGCUGGGAACUCAGACCUCAUCCUUCCUGUGCCGGCCUUCAACGUGAUCAAUGGUGGCUCCCAUGCUGGGAACAAGCUGGCCAUGCAGGAGUUCAUGAUCCUCCCAGUGGGUGCUGAGAGCUUUCGGGACGCCAUGCGACUUGGGGCAGAGGUCUACCACACGCUCAAGGGGGUCAUCAAGGACAAGUAUGGCAAGGAUGCCACCAAUGUAGGCGAUGAAGGAGGUUUUGCCCCCAAUAUCCUGGAGAACAGUGAAGCCUUGGAGCUGGUGAAGGAAGCAAUCGACAAGGCUGGCUACACGGAAAAGAUCGUCAUUGGCAUGGAUGUUGCUGCCUCAGAGUUUUAUCGUGAUGGCAAAUAUGACUUGGACUUCAAGUCUCCCCCUGAUCCUUCUCGAUACAUCACUGGGGACCAGCUGGGGGCCCUCUACCAGGACUUUGUCAGGGACUAUCCUGUGGUCUCCAUUGAAGAUCCGUUUGAUCAGGAUGAUUGGGCUGCCUGGUCCAAGUUCACAGCCAAUGUAGGGAUCCAGAUUGUGGGUGAUGAUCUGACAGUAACCAACCCAAAGCGUAUUGAGCGGGCAGUGGAGGAAAAGGCCUGCAACUGCCUGCUGCUCAAGGUCAACCAGAUCGGCUCUGUAACUGAAGCCAUCCAGGCGUGCAAGCUGGCCCAGGAGAAUGGCUGGGGGGUCAUGGUGAGUCAUCGCUCAGGAGAGACGGAGGACACGUUCAUCGCUGACCUGGUUGUGGGGUUGUGCACAGGCCAGAUCAAGACUGGUGCCCCGUGCCGUUCUGAGCGUCUGGCCAAGUACAACCAGCUCAUGAGAAUCGAAGAAGAGCUAGGGGAUGAGGCACGCUUCGCUGGACAUAACUUCCGCAAUCCCAGUGUGCUGUGAUCCCUCUCCUUGCCUGGAGAUUUGGAACCUCCCCAAUCCUCCUUGAACCCCUUUCUUCCUGUCUUGAUCUGUGAUAUUCCACCCACUUGGAUACCCUGAGCCCCAGGGUGCCCAGAACU